GCGACUCAGAGCACAAGCCCUACAUCUGUGGAGACGCAGACCAUGGUAUUUUUCCAUUAGAUGGCUCAGAAGACUACCUGAUAUUGGCCUGUGAUGGAUUCUGGGACACCGUGAGCCCAGAUGAGGCGGUGCGGGUAGUCAGUGACCAUCUCCUGGAGAACACUGGAGAUACCACCAUGGUGGCCCACAAGCUAGUGGCCUCUGCCCGAGAUGCAGGUUCUAGCGAUAACAUAACUGUCAUAGUGGUGUUCCUGCGGGACCCACGCUCACCUCUGCCCACCAGCAGAGAAGAUGAGGAGGAGGGCGGGGUGGAGGAACAGGUGGCGGAGGAGGAGGUAACUGAAGUGGAGGAAGAGGACCAGGAAGAGGAAGAGGAAGAAGAUGAAGCAAUGAGAGUAGAGCGCGACGGAGGUGAGGGAGGCAGUGCGGCAGAUGUUGGAGGCAAAAGCCGUGGAGGGUGGCCCCUGCAGCAGUGCUCAGCUCCUGCAGACCUCGCCUACGAAGACCGAACAGACUCACUCACGGACAGAACCAGCCUCAGUUUGCUGGGGCCGUCCCUGGAGGGCCACAUCUCUCUGAUCCGGGGUUCAAGGAAGCCCUGCUUCACCUUUAGCCCCAACCUCUUCACAGCCUCCUACAACUACCGAGGAGAACGCCCGCUGAGACGCAGGUCAUGCGUCCCGUUUCAGGAGCCUUGCAUUUCUAGCUUUACGGACCCACUGUGGCCCCAAACAACCAUGCUUUUAAGCCAAGCGAUGAGGCGAAACCACAGGUGGGAUCACAUUAGCCGCCAAAGGGGUCGGAGGUGGCUUAGCAGAUCCAAAGAGCUGCUAGGUCUGAUACCCUCCGGCCACAGGCAGUGCAACUCCCCCUGGAGGCCUGGAGUGGCAAUGCCUCACCUGCCCUAUGAUGCCACUAUCUGAAGGUUAAGCCAAACCAAACCAUUUCCAUGGUUCACUUCUCCCCCGGCCCCACCCACACCCCCCACCCCACCCACCUUUGCCUUCAAAAUCACAUCUUUCUUUGAUAGUAAGUAGUUGUGGCUCCUGCAGUCAUUAUGUGAUUAAUCAAUCAAUGUUAGAGGACCGAUACUCUCUGUCCGAAGUCAAAAUGUUUCACAAUGUAAGCUGGCCCACUGAACACAAGCCCUGCUUGUUGAUGCUUUAAGUGAAGCCCGAACCACAUCCUCUCUGUUGUGACCACUUAUUAGUUGAUAUAAAAUCUGAGCGCCAAACGCUGAACAAUAGGAUGUAUUCACAGGCUGAAUGUGACAUAAAUGUUGAAAAAAAAGCCACUACAGCAAGAUAUGUAUUUGGUGCAGAGCAGACCAUCUACUGCAAACAGUUCAAAUAAAUUUGAGAGGUAUAAUUUUAAGAAAAAUGUAACAAAUAAUUCCAAGUACCUUUGAAAAUCAGUAACAAAUGUUAUAAACAAGUAGGAGCUUAGUUUUGUUUUGGGCUCUGAAUGCUCUCAAGUGAUAAAAAAUAUUAACUUGCAUUAAUUUAUUUAUGUGCCUGGUUGUACUAUGAUCUGUAGAGAGAUGUUAUUUAUUUUGGAAAAAUAAAAGAGCAACUUUUGUUAUUGAAAGAGAAAAAAAAUAUACUAAAGGAUUCAAAAAGUAGGUUAUGAAAGUCGUCCCCAUGUAGUUGUAACACUGUAAGGAUUUGCUCCCUCUCUCUCACAGCAGCACUAGUAGGAUUGGAAGCUGAUAUUCUCUCAUUUUGAUAGCCAUUCUUUGAUGUAAUAAUUUAGUCUUUUGGAAACCAUAUAUACAUCAUAUGUUUUUAAAGACUUAAGUGUAAUAACCAUGGUGAUGACUUUUUCUUUUUUGACACUUCCCUUAUUUUCUCCCACAAAGUCAGAACAUUUGGUGCCUCCAGAAGUUAUUCACAUCUCCUUACUUUUUCUAAGUAUAACAAUAUCUUUUGGUACAUAGCGUGCUAAAUCUCAUAGAAAUUUGACAAAUUAUUUUCAGAAAUGUAUCAACCAAAGAUUUUUACUGAGGUGUGCAAUUAUUUUAUUGACAAAAAUUCAAAAGUUAGGUUAUUCAUAGCUACUGCUGUCUUAACAAAAAAAUUAUCCCACAGGAUGAUGCUUCCUCUUCUGUUUUUUGAUAAGGAUUACCUAUUUUUCCCCACAGAUUUUGCUUGGUUUCAGGCUUAAUGCCCUAUGCUAUGACUUUCUUGAAGUUUUGGUGGCUAUAAUCGGGCAGCCCUGAAGUCAGAAGGCUUCCAUCUGGAGGCUCUGGGGUGAAAGGUUGAUUGCUGGAGAGGUCAGCCAUUGGUGACCAUUGAAUCCAGACCUUCUGGAUUUGUCUAUCUACACAUUCUUUCAUUUAUCUCAUUUCCAUUCCUUUGACUUCAGUCCCUCGCUUCUUGUCAGAAAAUCCACCUUGAGCUGUUCGUGACCUUAGCAAAGAUGGCCUCAUAAUACAUUUUAAAAGACAAAUCAGAAAAAAAUUUAUGCACUUUAUCUCAUAUUUGAGUGUGAAAGCAUGUAAUUAAAUCUUUUAUGUUAGAAUGUUUACAUUUUUAAAUAAUUUCUGAAAACAUAAUUUUUAUUCAGUUUCUCCUAAGGGGUAAUUAAAAGAAGGUUUAAUAAAUAAAAAAAGAAGGUUGUAAAGGGCUGUGAAUAAGUUCUGCUGGCACUCUACAUUCUUUAUAGCUGUAUGUUAUAGUCAUUAUUUUCCUUAAUUGAAACUAACAGACUUCGGACCAAAUCUUCACAACUUAAUUUUGUUACAUCAUUUUAAUUUUCCCCAUCCAAGAAAAAUGGCAAUCUCUCUGUCCAUAGUGGAAAACAGAAGGAUUGUGUGAUAUCACUGCUUCUUCAUCGUCUUUAAAUAAAACAUAUCAUUUUUUGACAUAAAUAUUAACUGACUGUGCAUUAUAUCAAGCUCUAAUGGCUUAUCCUGCCUUUUUGCUCUCUCAACAUGCCUCUGGUAUGGAUGGAUGCUCCCGGUUCGUGGUACUGGAGGCAGAUGCUAUUCUUCCCCCACCCAGUAAUGACCCAGCAAUUAUCCUACAAUUCGUCUACUCUUAAAAGCAUUAACUGUCGGAUUAUAAAAGAUUAAAUUUCACCUACCUGAAUAUAUGCCUCUUGUUGUCCAGUAAAGAUGGGUUGGAUGCCUUGGUUAAUGGGCUUUUAGGCGGAAGGAUAUUGAGAUGUAUAUUGUUUUUGUUUUUUUAAGUCUUAUAGCUAUACAUGCAUCUGCUUUCAGGAAAAGCAUUUUUUAAAAGUAUGGUAAAAUGAUUAUUUAUACUAAUAGAGAAAGUGAAAAGAAAACAUCAUCUUUAUGUUUGAGGCCCACUUCCCCAUCACUCUGGAUUACUUAUCUACAAGAUCAAUGCAUUGAUUUCACCUUAAAGCAAACUACUGGGAAGUCUGACAAUAGUUUAAUAGCUAAAAAACUAAUUUAAAACCACUCUGUCAGAUAAACAGUAAAGUAGCAUAAGACCAUUGUUGUGUUGUUGAACUCCAACACAAUAAUGCAACAAAGGGCCUCCGAACGCAUUCUUUUCCAUGAUAUGCUGUGUUUUUAUUUAAAAAGAGGAUUUUUUUUUUAAGGUUUAGUUAAAAAGGGGUUGCUGGUCAUUCAUUGAUCAAUAAUAAAAAAUACUGUAUGAGAUUAAUUUAUUUAAAAGCAACUUUUGGUGUCAACAGUCCUUCUGCAACAAUACAGAAAACACCUUCGUUACCACAAACUGAAAGAUGGUUCCCUCUGAAAUCCACUGAGGCCCGCCACAAAAAAAAUUUAAUUGGAUGUGACUGUGAUCUGCUCCAGAUUUGGAACGGUGUCCCCCAUUGCUGCUGUCUAAUAUCUAGCUUCUUAUUAUUAUCAGGUCAUCAAAGUCUUUAGUAAGCUGAAUACUUUUUUCCUAUUUAACUUGGUGGAUCUAAACUGUUUAGAGUUAGACAAUUUUUGUUGUCAUAAAAUGUGUUAUAACUACAAAACGACCCUUUUCUAAAUGUACCAAAUAAUAAAUCUGUAAAGACAGUUUUUAAAAUAUUUUUUUAGUGACUAAAACGUGGGGCUUAAAAAUGAACAAUGGUAUAAACCAUAAAAUUGACAAGAAAAUAAGUAAUUAAACUGCAGUUUCAGUUAUGAUCCAAUUUUGUACUGAGUGAACAUUGAUUUCACAUUCUAAGCCAAUGACUGAAAAUGAGGGAAAAUUAAAAGGAAAUUAAAAUUUUAAAACUGUCAUAUUUAACAUAUGGUUGUUUUUACAGACUUCAAGUCCCAUGAUAGAAAAAGUUAGCCUCCUCUAGCUAUCAUGAUUGGUUGAAAUUAACUUAAAAGAAAGAUACAUUAUGUUGAGAACUAUCAGUAAUGAUAUCAAUUAUAAACUAUUUGUUUAAAGCUGUCAAAUGUGAAAUCAAACAGUUAUUUCAGCCGUCAUAACCAGCGAUUUGUGUUAAACCUAACUUUAUAAGAGGCACUUUGGCCUCAUCCAAUCUUUAAAAGGGUCACUUACAGCUUUAUUUUAAAAAUUUGAUUUCACUUACAAAAGGCCCCCUGUUCUGGUGUUAUACCUUUAGUCUCAUUUAAUUACCGUAGCAGCUUUAGCCACUCUGUAUACUUCAAAAGACCAGGGUGGUAUAUAUUAAGGUAUAUACUGCCCUGUGUGUGAUAAAGAAACCAAGUGGUGGAAUUACAUUUCCAUUUUAACACGCAUUAUUAUCAUCAUGUUAUAUAUAUAUUUGAAGUUAUACAUAAAUGUACCCAUUACGUUAAAUGAUACAUAGAAUAGCUGUAGGGAAGUAAUAUUCGACUUGGUAAAUAACCCAACGUUAAACUGCUUUGAACGAGUAAUCCACCCAUAUAAAACCAACUGGAGAAAUAACAUUAAAAUUCUUGACCAAUUGUUUUAAUGGGUGGCUAAUUACAUGGAAGCAUAAGUUAUUUUAAACCAGUUAAUUUCAUUAUUGAGAUUAAAUAGGCAACCAGCGAGGUACAAAGUGUUUUUUAUUGACACAUUCAUCAGAUAUAAACUAGAAAAUAUGUAUUUAUAUUCUGUGCUGAUCCAUUAAUCUGCGUCAAAGUUGGUUGAGAUUACAGUUUCAUUAAGGGUCAUGUCAUUUGUUUCCAUUAGAUCAAAAUGUUUCCACCGCUGUUAGUAACUUUGGUUAAAGGGACCAAGUUGGCAAAUUCUAAAAUACAGGGGAAAACUGCCAACAUAGUUAUUAUUUAGAAAGUUGUUUUUAUUGAAUACAUUCCUUUAACUUUUCCCAUUAAUGGAUAUGAAGGUUUAACAAAGUGAUUUAAAACAAAUAGUCCUUAACUAAGACUUAAUCUACAAAUUGUCUAUUUAAGGAGUAAUUAUUCCAGAAUGGAUUAUAUUCCAUUGACGAGUAAAAUCUGUUCAUCACAUCCAACUUCUGUGAACAUGUGGACAGAACCCGGUCCACCAGUAUCACUUCCAGUCUCUAACUGGUGUUAUCCUGUGAUCAUGCUGUUAGGAGAAUUAGUGGAGCAGAAUAUACUUUGUGUCCCAGAAUUUGGAGAACUAGGUCUGACACGUGGACACAUUUUUGUUUUUGUUCCAUUUUUUCGGUUAAGAACCAUUUAAACUGGGGAGGCUUUGAGCUGUUCGAAAUGUGCUAUGAAGAAUGCAAACCAAAAGCCAUUUAAUUUCCCUGUGGGUGCAAUGCCACACAAUUUAUCUCUAAAGGCCUGAAGGGAACAACCAUAAGGAAUAACAGUCAUUUAAACUAUUCACUUAGGCAUGAGUGUUUGUGUGUAUAUUCUGAGUACUAACUGGAAGUGGAGCGAGUGGUGAAGGAGUGUACAUACAGUAACUGUAUUGUAAAACGUUUUUAUUCACAAAACUCAGCAUUUUCCAGCGCUGCACAGAGAUAGAGAUGGAGUUCCUGUUUUGUUUUGAACUCAUAGUAGGCCUGCCGUAGCUUAUCUACAAUAUUAUCCUGAUUUUCACUCAGACAGAAAUAGUCAUACAGAGAUACAUGAAACUGUUAUUUAUCCACAUACUAAUAUUGAAACUCUUCAGUGAUAACGGCCAUAUUCCCAUUUCAAAUAAAGUUUCUAGUCCCAGAUUGCCUUGUUGAGGAGAAUAAGAUCCCAAAACUUGUAGCAUUGAAUUUUUUUUGUCGUCGAAAAAAUAGAGAGGAAUAAAUGUCUUGAGUUUCUUGUGUUAAGUUCAGUCAUUUACUGGUUCAAAGACCACGGUGGUACCGAUUGAUUGGUUAGCUACAGACCUGAUCUGAACCUCAUAGACGAUUCUAGAGGGUAUCAUCAAAGAGGAGGAUGAGAGACACCAGACCCAACAAUGCAGUGGAAUUAAAGGUCACUAUCAAAGCAUCCAUUACACCUUAGCAGAGCCACCAGCUGAUCAUUUUACAGCAGAAGGAGCUCUAACCAAGCCCUGAGGGCAGCAGGAGCAUGUUUCAGUUGGCUCACAUUCAUUUAUUCAUAGAAAACAUCAAUUUUAACAUUUUCUAAGAGGCUGCAUUUUGGGUUUUCCAGAUCUGUCGGCCAUAAACUUCCAAAAUUAAAAGAAACGUUGAUGGCUUGAUGUAUCUCUGUAACAUUUCAAGGCUUUGAUUAUUAUUGAAAUGACUGAAAGCAAUGAUUGUUUCAAUGGUACUCUAAUUUAUUGAGUUGUACCUGUGUCUCUUCUGAUGUGGGAAUAUUAAGGAUUCCCUUGAGGAAUGACAAAGCUUAAGUGGGAAAAUUUUUUUAUUUAAAUAAAAGAAAUAAUUGUUAGUAUUACAUGGUUAUAUGCAGUGAAGAGGCUUUGUCUGCAGAUCCAAACCUGCACAAAACAGCUGAGAUGUAUAGGUUUCCUUUUCAACAUGAUGACAGCAGGUGUAGUCUCUCUUUCUGCUCAUUAAAUAAAACUAAACUCCAGGCGUAGUCAUAAUCACAAGUUUUUUUAAUUAAAACUUUGGCAAAUUUGAUUCAAAUCAAUACAACAUUGUUGCUAAGAAUCCCCCAGAUCAUCACUGUAUAAGCAAUAAACGUGUUCUUGGAUCAUUCGUCGUGGUAAAUCCUCCUCCUCGCUCUGCUUGCACUAAAAAGAGUCAGAUGCCCCCCCCCUUCAUGGUGACGUCAAGCAGAAAUUCAGCUCUGCUCCCUUUGUUAGUGCUGUCCAACUAUAGGGCCCAUCAUCAAUCUGUACCAUGUCUAUGUACACAACCAGCUUUUUCCUUUUCUUUGUAAGCAAUAAUGACGUAUUAUAAAAGGCUCUCUGUGGGUUUGUCUUCUGCUGAAGGAUGCAGUUAAACGUCAGCCAUAUUUAAAAGAUGCAGCUUCCCAUUCACUUUUUUUUUAAUCUCUGAUGACACGCAAACUGCUCUGAGUCUGAGCGGCUGUCAUGGCUGCCAUGAUGUGAGGAAAAAGUGAAUGUGAAGCUUUAGACAGAAAUGAAGAUGGAGGAAAGUUUAUUUUCCAAAGUAAGCUUGGUCAGCUCUAUGGUAGGACUUCCCGGACCUAUGCACUGUUCGGAUAUGGACCAGUACAUUAUUUGCUGUGGAAAGAAGCCGAUCAGUUCACCGGGGGUCAGAGACAGACCCCCGCUGAAAUUCUGGUCCUCCAGGCUUGAAGACAAACCCUACGAUUGGUUCUAAUUCAACAUGCAGGUUAAGUAAAUAAAAAACUGUAAAACACA